CCCGAGCGGUCGUGGGAGCUCUGCCCAGAGGGGGCCGGCAACGCGGACGCGGGAAAGAUUACCGCGUGCUUUUGAUGGCAGGUUUUUAAAGUCCGGGAGUGUGAGAACAAACAAAACCUGAGGAAGACCCAGGAAGACCCGGCCGGAAGUCAUAGUAUCCAUAGAGACGUUAUCGGAAGUUGGGGUUGCUAGGAGGCCUGGGCGCAUUAGCUAAUCUGCGCCAUGGCUGAAGUCCCAGAAGAUUAUGAUUCUGGCCCCGAUGAAAAUGAAGACCUGGAGUCUGAGAGACCAAAACAACCUAGGCCUCCUAAAAUAGAUGAAGAUGCUGAACCAGACAUCACAGCAAAGACAGGCCUGAAGCUACUUGAAGAGAUUCACCAAGAACCACAGCCAGAGACGGAGGAAGAGAAGUUGAAAGACCGGACGCCAGAAAGUGCCGAGACUAUACACCCACACCUAAAAUCAACCAGGAUAUCAGAGGAAGAGAUUCUCAAGGAGUCAGAGAUAGGUCUUUCUAACGGGACUGAGAUAGGGAUCUCCCAAGAGGUAAUGUUGGAGACAUCCAGAGAGAUGAGAAGAAAGCUUGUCAAGGAUUUGGAGGUCCCUAUGAAUGAAAAACAGGAGCAGCCAGAUCUAAAGCCAGCAGAGGAGACCAAACCAGAUGUUACAGAAGGUGUGUUCAUAGAGUCAGCUCAGGAAACAAAUCUAGAGCUCCCAAAGGAAACAGAGUCUGAGGUUCCCCAAGCCAUAAUCAAUGAGACAAGAGUAGAGUUACUAGAGGAGACCAAACUAGGGGUUCCAGAGGAAUUGCUUAGAGAGCAAAAUGAAGAACCUUCAGAACAGAUCAAACCUGAAUUUCCAAGUGAGAAACCAAGAAAAGUAAUUGAAGAUAGAGAUCUACAGUCACCAGAGAUGACCACUCCAGAAUUUCCAGAAGAGACACAAAGAAAGUCAUCUGAGGAGAAAAGCACAGAACCAUCUGAGCUGACCAAACUGGAGUUUACAGAAGAGAAACCAAUAAAGUCUACUAAGGAGGCAGGUCUAGAGCUUCUAGAAAAGACUACGCCAGAGGUUUCAGAGGACACAGGAAGAAAACCACCUGAGGAAAAAGGGACUGAGCAGAUUAAACCAGAGUUUCCAGACCAGAAACCAAUUGAGUCUACUGAGACACAAAGAAAGUUAACUGAGGGGAAGGUUCCAGAGCCACUAGAAGAGAUAAAAUCAGAGUUUCCUGAGGAAAAAUCAAGAACACUAAUUGAGAAAACAGGUCUGAAGUCAACAGAAAAGACCAAACCAGAAAUUCAAGAGGAGACACAAAGAAAGUCAACUGUGGAGAAAGUUCUCAAACCACCAGAAGAUACUGAACCAACAGUUAUAAAAAAUAAGCAAAGAAAACCAAUUGAGAUAGGACUAGCACCACCACAGAAGUCCAAAACAGAGGAUAUACUGAGUGAGUCAACUGAGAAGAAAGGUCUAGAGCCUCCAGAACAGACUACACCAUGGUUUCUAAAGAAAGAACCAGAGACCCCAAGUAAAUCAACUCCUCAGUUGCCACUACAGAACACCAAAUCAAAGCUUCAAAAGAAGACACAAAGAGAGCCAACUAAGAAUAAAGAUUUAGAGUUACCAGAUAAAGCCAAACCACUAUUUGGACGAGAGACACAUGAUAAAUUUACCAAGGAAGAUAGGCCAAAACCAAUCAGUUUUAAGCGUUUUGUAGAUGAAGAUGAUCUGGAGGAGUCUGACUAUCAAAUAAAGUCGUUAGUAAAAGGAACUAAAAAACUUAUUAAAGACAUAAGCUCUUUCACAGUAAGAGAAGUAGAGUCAGUAAAUAUAGAUCAUUAUUUUUCAAAAGAACACCUAAUACUGUCUGAGCUUACCAGUAAGGACUUAUAUUCCUCAGACUCUCAGAGGGAUUUAAGUGAGUCCUUGAGUGAAGAAGUUUUAGAUUUGUUCCUAAAGUUGGAGGAUGAAAAAGAAACCCAGCAAAAGGAAAGGACUGAGCUACAAUUUGAGUAUCUUAACUGGAGCCCAGAAAAAGUUGCAGAGUGGAUUAGUGAGUUAGGCUUCCCUCAAUACAAGGAGUGUUUUAUCACAAACUUCAUCAGUGGCCGAAAACUCAUUCAUGUAAACUGCUCAAACCUCCCUCAGAUAGGGAUAACAGAUUUUGAAGACAUGAAGGCAAUUUCUCGGCACACGCGGGCGCUACUGGGAUUUGAAGAACCAUUAUUUAAACGCUCCAUCCGUCUUCCCCAUAGGGACAAUAUUGGCUUAUUUUUAGAACAAAAAGGUCAUACUGGGGAAACAUCUGAUUCCUUGACCUAUUCUGAAUUUGUGCAAACAGCAGGAUUACAAGAUUAUGAGCCACGAAUAACUGCCCCUGACAAGAAUUAGGCAUUCUAUUAUACUGAGCCACAGAGAAAAGCCAUUUCACUUAGCUUGAAAGAUCAAACUAAAUUACUUGGUGGAAGAAGUGUGGUCUUUUUGGGUUUUCUUUUUCUCCUCCUCAUUAAGGAUCAGAGUAGAACUCCUGGCACUAUUCCUAGAUCUAUCGCCCACUUGCAGCACGUUCCUGUAUUUCUGUUUCAAUUUAGCCUGUCAUUAGAACAAAGAUAAUGCCCUGGCCGGGUAGGCCAGUUGGUCAGAGCUUAGUCCCAAUACACCAAGGUUAUUGGUUUGUUUCCCAGUCAGGGUUCAUACAAGAAUCAACCAAUGAACGUAUAAACAAAUCGAUGUCCCUCUCUGCGCCCCCAACCCUUCCUCACUCUCUAAGAAAAAAAAAAUCAAUUAAAAAAAAACACAAUUUU